UACACACACUAACUUGACCAAAAUGCUGUGCUGUGGACCAUCAUUUUCUCUUCCCAUUACAUCCUCAACAAACCCACAAAACAAAACUCUCUCUCUCUAAAUAAUGUUAAUUGCUUCAAGAACCCCCCCAAUUACAUCUACAAUCAAUUAAGAUUAUAACCAAGAUUGUAUACACAACUGGAGAGUGAGAAACAAUCAGUCCUCUCUCUUUCUUUCUCUCUCUGGGUGAAUGAAUAGUGUUCAAUAAAUGAGGAAAUGGAUCAGUGUUGAAGAGAAGCAACAUAAUCUUGUCUGUCUGUGAUUUUGUAUAAGACUAGGAUUGUAUGGAACGCAGAGGUGAAGAGAGAGAUAUAGGUUUCAAUCCGGAAUCGGAAUUGAAGCUGCCGCUUGCCCCCAUUGUUUCCACUCCGCCUGAUAGGAGAGGAAAUGCGGCGGCGUCAUUCCGCCGCGGCAGCGCCAUUUUCAGCCCUAGUCAAACCCUAGAUCACCGCCACCGCCAUAGCCACAAUCUCAACCCUCCGCUUGUGCUCAAAGAACCCUCCCCAGAUCCAGAUCCAUCCACCCCAAGAGCUGAAUGCCCCUCCAAUUCACGGACUCCGACAUCGCCGCCGCCUCAUCCUCCGCCGCCGCCGCCAGAAGCUCCAAGCAAUUGCGUAAUCAGAUACCGCGAAUGUCUCAAGAAUCACGCGGCGAGCAUGGGCGGCCACGUGGUCGACGGAUGCGGAGAAUUCAUGCCCAACGGAGAGGACGGCACCGCCGAGGGUUUGCGCUGCGCCGCCUGCGAUUGCCACCGCAAUUUCCACCGGAAAGAAGUCGACGGCGAGGCGGCCCAACCAUCCAAUUUAUACCAAUUCCGCACGCCAUUGCUCACCACCCAAACCCCCUCCGCGGCGCACCACCCGCCCCAGGGCGGGUUCGCGGCGGCCCCGGCGAUAAUGAGCUUCGGCGGCGACGAGUCCUCGAGCGAGGAUCUGAACAUUUUCCAGUCCGGAGGCAGCGGAAAUGCAGCAUUGCAAUUGGGGUCGAAGAAGCGGUUCCGAACGAAAUUCAGCCAGGAGCAGAAGGAUCGGAUGCAGGAGCUCGCGGAGAAACUGGAGUGGCGGAUUCAGAAACAAGACGAGCAGCUAGUGCAGCAGCUCUGCCAAGAAACCGGCAUCAAGCGCGAGGUUUUCAAGGUGUGGAUGCACAACAACAAGCAGGCAAUGAAGAAGAGGCAAAUUUGAUCAAGAAGAAGAUGAUGAUCUUUUAAUUUAGGUAAGUUAGCAUCAUCAUUAGUUGAUUAAUUAAUUAAUUAAUUAAUCACCUCAUUAAUUCUUCCGAAUUCGAACUAGCUAUGUCCUAAUUUAGUAGGAUUAAUUGCGGCGCCAUAGCUAGCUACCUCUUUUGUUACUACAUUUUAAUAAUAAACAGACUGAUUUAUCCAAGUUGUUGUUAUUGUGGAAUCAUGAGAUAAUCCAUGUCAAUUAUGUGCAAAUUAAGAAAUUAAUUGAAGGGCUUGUUUGUAUA